GGCAAAUCGCACUGCACCAGUACCAUUACUCUUCCAACUACAGUACUUGUCUUGUACUACACUUCACAAUCCAAAACAUCAACAGACCAUGCCGCAGAAACCGCAGCUGUCGACAAUCGUCCCGCARACCUCCCGCAAGAACGAGCGKGGCGACAUUCGCCGCGGCAUCAAGGGGUUGCAUCCCARUCUGGGCUUCCACGGAUGCCGCACACUCUACGAGGGCUUUCGCCGGGGGCACGAGGUAAACCCGCUGGGGCCCUGCCUCGGCUUUCGCGCRAUGAGCGUCAAUGGGCUUGCAACMCCGUACAUUUAUAGCUCGUACACGGAGGUCCUGGCAAGGGUCAACGCCUUUGCGGCGGGAUUGGAGACGCUGGACUUGGUCCCCCCCACGAGAGACGACAAGAUGGUCCUGCUGGGAUUGUACAUGAAGAAUUGCAUGGAGUGGUUCAUUGCGGAGCAAGCCAUUUUUUGUGUUGCGGGGGCAACCGGUGAGURAUAUUUACGAGCGCUUUGUAUGGUCGGUUCGAUGCAAUGMAAUGGAGUCUGCGCGACGUUUGGGUUGCUUCGACCGACAGAUGUUUCCAUCGUUGUCGUCGUCUCGGGUCCAGCUCCCAGAAUUUUCGCRACGAAAGAUAUUKGRAAGAACCGCAAAACUCAUUCUUUCURUACCUUUUCUUUGGACGGGUGGAUAUUAUUUAUUUAUCUAUCGUUUGGUGYGAAUGUUCAUUCGCUUGUUUUGCCAUGCAACAGUUCCGUUUUACGACACGCUGGGCCCCGAAUCGGUAGAGUUCAUCCUGAAGCAAACCUCGACAAAGACGGUCGUUUCCACCCGUGCCGAGCUGGAACGCUUGUGCGCCGURAAAAAGAACGGUUUGUGCCCGGACUUCAAGGUGGUUGUUUUGGUCAAUGGGGUCACAGCUGAGGCUGCAGAAAUGGCCAGAGAGGCGGGUCUCGAGGUAUUGUCCUUUGCCAAGGUCGAAGCAGGUGCGUACAGGACGAAGGACGGAGCGUAUAGUAUUAGUUAGUAMUGGUGUAUUGGAAUUGUUCGUCUCGGUGCAAAGCCAAAUGGUGCGAUGUGAUUGACAUGACAUGAAAAGAUUCUUGAUCUGACAGUUUAUCACCGUGAUACUAUUUCCUGGCUGUCUCGCAAAUGCUUAGUGGGKGCCCAUCGCAUCGACACCGAGGGUUUCCAGCAUCGCCCUCCCUCUGGAAACGAUGUUUUUACGUUCUGCUACACAAGUGGAACAACGGGUGAUCCCAAAGGAGCACUGCUUACCCACGAAAAUCUAAUUUCGGCAGUUGCGGGUGUGGAURMAGUUUUUCAAUUCGAGGGAAACGAUCGUCACCUUUCGUACCUGCCCCUGGCCCACAUUUUUGAAAGGAUUGUGCAGUGCCAAGUUUACAUGAACGGCGCCUCGAUUGCUUUCUUCCGUGGCGAUCCGACGCUUUUGAUCGAAGAUCUACAAGCGUGUCGCCCGACCGUCUUUCCCGCUGCCCCCCGUGUGUUGAACAAGAUCUACGAUAAGAUACAGGUGGGCAUAGCGGCUGCCGGUGGAAUGAAAAAGAAACUGUUUGAUGCCGCCGUGCACACCAAAACCAAAAACCUGAUGGCAACCGGUCAGCUUACCCAUGGUGUAUACGAUCGUCUUUUGUUUAACAAGAUCAAAAAGGGUCUCGGGAUGGACUGCCUGCGCACGAUGAUAAGCGGUUCUGCACCUCUGUCGAAGAAAGUGAUGAAUUUUUAUCGCAUCAUGCUCGGGAUUKCCGUAGUGGAAGGAUACGGCCAGACRGAGAAUUCUGCGUGUUGCACGAUCAGUCUUCCCGAAGACAUGACAACCUCYGGACACGUCGGAGUACCGAUGCCAGCGUCCGAAGUGGUCCUAGCAGACGUGCCCGAAAUGGGAUACUUCCACACCGAUACGGAUCACAAGGGACAGCCUUGUCAGGGUCGGGGAGAGAUUCUGACCCGAGGACCAACCCUGUUCAAGGGGUACUACAAACAGCCWGAGAAAACUAGGGAGGCAAUCGACGAAGAAGGCUGGUUGCACAGCGGUGACAUUGGAUUGUGGACGGAGGACGGAAACCURCAAAUCAUUGAUCGAAAGAAAAACAUUUUCAAGCUAAGCCAGGGAGAAUACGUGGCACCCGAAAAGAUAGAAAACGUGAUCAUUCAAUCACUGUUUAUUGGCCAAGCGUUCGUGUACGGGGACUCACUGCAGAGUGCGCUCGUCGCGAUCAUYGUUCCGGACGAGGAACCGGUCCGCAGCCUGUUGGAGGCAUCGGAAGAACCGGCACUGGCCAAGGCCCCUCUGUCGGACAUUUGUAAGAGCGACAAGCUCAAGUCCGUCAUCAUGGCCGACAUCAAAAAAAUCGGGAAAGCAAACGGUUUGCAUGGGUUCGAAAUGCCGAAAGCGAUCCAUCUCACGGAYAAACCUUUUACCGUAGAAGACGGUCUUUUAACACCGACGUUCAAGCUGAAGAGACCGCAGGCACGGGAUAAAUUCGAAAAGGUGAUCGAGCACAUGUAUGCAGUCUUGSCAAAGCCAAAGAGUAAAUUGUAGAUUUCAAGAUACUAUUACUUGUACGUAA